UCCACCAUUUUAUAAUAUAUAUAUAUAACUCAAAACCUUCUCCAUUCAGUUUCUUCAAUUCCUCCGAAUUUGGCUGAAACAACUCAUCGUCGAUUUUUCCUUUUCUCUUCUUCAAAUCUCUCAAGCAUCAGGGUUCGACUGUUUUCUACAACAAUAUGGCGUCUGCAAAUGGUAUAGGAAGUAUUCAAGGAAAGCAGCCAUUAUUAUCUUUCGGUGUUAUCUCUGAUGUUCAGUAUGCUGAUAUUCCUGAUGGUCGCUCAUUCCUUGGUACUCCUCGUUAUUAUAGACAUAGUAUUCUUGUGCUGAAAAGGGCAGUUCAAAACUGGAACAACCAACAAAAGCUUAAAUUCGUCCUAAAUUUUGGAGAUAUUGUGGAUGGAUUUUGCCCCAAGGACCAAUCUCUCAGCUCUAUUAAGAAAGUAGUUGGUGAAUUUGAUAAUUUUAAUGGUCCGGUAUAUCAUAUGAUUGGAAAUCAUUGCCUCUACAAUCUUCCUCGCAAAGAAUUACUUCCAUUGUUGAAGAUUCCAAAAUUUGAUGAAGGUCGUGCUUAUUUCGACUUCUCACCUAUUCCGAAUUUCAGAUUCGUCGUACUCGAUGGCUACGAUAUAAGUGCUAUUGGUUGGCCUCAGGAUCAUCCAAAAUCACUGGAGGCCCUUGAAAUCCUAUCCCAGAGAAACCCAAAUGCAGAUAAGAAUAGCCCAUCAGGACUGGUUGGCUUAGAAAGAAGAUACCUUAUGUUCAAUGGAGGAGUUGGUAAAGAACAACUGAAAUGGUUGGAUGGUAUACUUCAGGAAGCAACACAUUUGAAGCAAAAAGUGAUUGUUUGCUGUCAUCUUCCCCUUGAUCCUGGGGCGACAUCUUUUGCAGCACUUCUAUGGAACUAUGACGAAGUAAUGGACCUGAUACACAACUACAAUUGUGUCAAAGUUUGCCUGGCUGGACAUAAUCAUACAGGUGGAUAUACAAUUGAUUCCCAUGGAAUACAUCAUAGGGUUCUUGAAGCCGCCCUCGAGUGUCCCCCCGGCAGCGACGCAUUCGGAUCCAUCGAUGUGUACAAUGAUGGUUUAUAUCUUAUUGCUACAGAUCGGAUGAGCAGCUCGAAAAUGCUUUUCGAUACCGAUCAAACUUGUGACUAUGAGAAUGGCUGCAUUACAGACCCUUUAACAUCUACAUCAUAAAUCAUUUAUGCCGUAUAUAUUUCAUGGUCAUAAAGUAUAUAGCAAUUCAAAAAGGGAUAACUAUGAAAUUUUAAGUUAGAUUCUCCUGUAGAGACGGAUGAGGAGCCAUUGAAAAAUGAUUUUGUAAUUUUUUAUGACACAAGCAACUACCCCUUUUACAAGGGUUAGUUGUUAUGAUAUCCUAAUUGUUAGA